GCCACUGCAGCACCAAGAGAAUGUAAGAAAUGUCGCAAAUUAACAUCGAAAUACUGCAGAGAGAGGGCGGAAAAGCUGCAGACGAAGAUAAGUGUGCCACGCGUUCAUCUAAAGACGAUUUAUGGUGAAAUGAGGGGGUGAAUAGGCGCUGAUGGGUUGAUGACCAGCCAUAAAGCAUAGGAGAGAGCAAUGAGGAAGGAUCUAUUCAAGUGAGGAGAAACAAAGGGAGGAGUAAAAGAGAGAGAGUGAAAUGGUGGUAGAUAAAGACGGCGCCAUGAGCCCUGCACCGCCUUACGACUCGCUGCCAGCUCGGGCAAGUCCCUGCCGUACAAAGGAGUGGGAGCGAGAGUUGCACGCUGCUCAAAGACCUUCUCCUCUACGACUGGCUCCAUCCUCUGUUUCCCGUCGGCCUUCAGCACUGCCUGGCUAUCUGCUCUCACCCUCCCAAGAUUACGCUGACCAGCAGCAACGUCUUUCGUUAUCGCUGUGCUCAGAGGCCUCGCUGGCGCCCCCUGUGCCUGCAGUUGGAGCUGCCCCACCGUGCUGCCGGGUGGUGGGAGUCAUGCCCUUGCUGCGCCUUGCGCUCCUGGUUUUCAGCUUCCUUUUUUGGGCAGCAGGCCUUGCGAUCUUCACCCUGGGCAUAUGGGCGCAGGCUUCGUUAUCCGACUACAUGCUACUAUCGGCGAACCGCUACCCUAACGCGCCCAUCAUCUUGUUAGGCACAGGUGCUUCGGUGACCGCCUGGGGUUUUUUAGGAUGCUUGGGAGUGGCUGCCAACCUUCCUUACCUUCUGCGGGUCUAUGGCUUCUUCCAGUUGGUCACACUCAUAGGUGGACUUGCGGCAGGUCUCUCAGGGCUCUUCUACAGGGAGGACAUCGCUGAAGGUUUCCGUAGCGGACUUCAGAAAGCUGUAUUGGACUAUGGAGAAGAUGAGGGCCGCGCAGAUGCGCUUGACAGCCUUCAGAGGGCGCUGGAGUGCUGUGGCGCUGAGGGUUGGCGUGAUUGGCUAAUGUCCGAUUGGGCUAUCCAAGAUGCUGUGUUCUUAACAGGAAGUUUGGGGAAUGAUUCCUCCGCUGUGUCUUUACCAGACAGUUGCUGCAUAAAACGCAAAGGCUGCCGUAACAGACCGUUGCCAGAGAAUGGAGGCAGGAACAUCGAGCUAGCAGGGAUUCAUACUCACGGUUGUUUCCGCAAAGUCUUCAGCUUGGUAAAUGACAACGUCUUUCACAUUGCAGCAACAGUCCUGGGCCUUGCUUUCAUACAGGUGGCAGGUAUAGCCCUUGCAUGUUUGCUUGCCAAUCAUCUUUUGCCCAGACCGCAAAGACAAGCCCGUUGAAAUAAAAAGCAUUGUGAAUUCCCUUUGCCUGAGCUUUUGGAUUACUUGCUGUAGUGUCUCGAGUUUAGAUCAGUUUAUAAGGUAGAAACCAGUCAAUGUUUUAUGGAAAAAUGAAAAAAAAAAAAAAAUCCAAAAUAUUGCAAAUGUUUAGGUA